UCCUGCGGCCUGUUCUUCCUGCUUGUUCGACCGAGUUUAGCGUCUUACACGUGGAGGAGGAGCCGCAGGAAACAAGAGCCACCAUGACAGAGCAAGAUGUAGAAAAUGAACUGUUGGAUUAUGAAGAAGACGACGAACCCCAGACACAAACUGAAACUCCAGCCCCUACAGCCAGGAAAGAGGUGAAAGGGUCCUAUGUAUCCAUUCAUAGCUCUGGCUUCAGAGAUUUCCUGCUCAAACCUGAGCUCCUCCGGGCCAUUGUGGACUGUGGCUUUGAACAUCCCUCUGAAGUUCAGCAUGAGUGCAUCCCACAGGCUAUUCUGGGCAUGGACAUCCUAUGCCAGGCAAAAUCUGGUAUGGGAAAAACAGCAGUUUUUGUACUGGCUACCCUGCAGCAAAUUGAGGCGGUGGACGGACAGGUGUCUGUGCUAGUUAUGUGCCAUACUCGUGAGCUAGCCUUCCAGAUAAGCAAGGAAUACGAGAGGUUCUCAAAGUACAUGCCCACUGUCAAGGUGGCUGUUUUCUUUGGUGGCCUCUCAAUAAAAAAAGACGAGGAUGUUAUUCGCAAAAAUUGCCCUCACAUUGUUGUUGGAACCCCUGGUCGCAUUCUGGCACUGGUUAGGGACAAGACCUUGAACCUGAAGAAUGUGAAACACUUUGUGCUGGAUGAAUGUGACAAGAUGUUGGAGCAGCUAGAUAUGCGCAGGGAUGUACAGGAGAUUUUCCGUCUGACUCCACACGAGAAACAGUGCAUGAUGUUCAGUGCCACACUCAGCAAAGAGAUCCGUCCCGUCUGCAGGAAAUUCAUGCAGGAUCCCAUGGAGGUGUUUGUGGAUGAUGAAACAAAGCUGACACUACACGGUUUGCAACAAUAUUACGUUAAAUUGAAAGACAGUGAGAAAAAUCGUAAGCUCUUCGAUCUUCUAGAUGUGUUGGAGUUCAAUCAGGUGGUGAUCUUUGUGAAAUCUGUACAGAGGUGUAUGGCACUAGCUCAGCUGUUAGUGGAGCAAAACUUUCCAGCCAUUGCUAUCCAUAGAGGCAUGUCACAGGAAGAACGACUGUCUCGAUACCAACAGUUUAAGGAUUUCCAGAGGAGGAUACUGGUGGCCACCAACCUGUUUGGUCGAGGAAUGGACAUUGAAAGAGUCAAUAUUGUUUUCAAUUAUGACAUGCCAGAGGAUUCUGAUACUUAUUUGCACAGAGUGGCCCGUGCUGGCAGGUUUGGCACAAAGGGCUUGGCCAUAACCUUUGUAUCAGAUGAGGGAGAUGCUAAAAUCCUCAAUGAUGUUCAGGACAGAUUUGAAGUCAACGUAGGGGAGCUACCCGAUGAAAUAGAUAUAUCAACAUAUAUUGAACAGAGCCGAUAACCAAGCCUCUGAUUGUUUUGUCCUCCCAGACUAGGGAGCGAAGACUGGUUUUAUUAUCCUGGGAUUUUUUUAUUAAGAACUUUGAGUUGUGUAAAAAUGGGAAGAAAAUUAAAACUUUUUUUUACUAUUAAAAA